UUCUGUCCAUCACUUAAUUCCCUCCGUCUAGAUCUCUGCACCGGUGGUGUAAACACUUAUGACGUGAGCAUGAUGAAAUAGCAGUUGAUAUAUAAUAGUGUAGCCGAUUUAUUUGUAAUUUAACAGCACUUUUUAUAGGGUCGGGAUGCAUUCGCGCAUUUUAUUUAAAGGAACAGCAGCAGCUGUUGCUGCGAGAAGGAUUCGCCAUAUAUUGGGACCCGUGAUGUCAAAAGAAGGUUGGAACUGCAGCGCACAUGAGGUCAAACUCCUCAACACUUCAUCAGGUGACACUGUGAAGAUAGGCGAGAUCUCAUAUCGACUCAAAACCCCCAGAAAUCCAGAACUUGUGCCAGUAAAUCACAUGAUGGAGGCUUUGCCACAAAUGAUCACCCAACACCUUCGCUGGAUAAUGCAGAAGGACCUUCUUGGACAGGACGUGUUUCUCAUUGGUCCUCCUGGUCCUCUGCGGCGAUCGAUUGCCAUGCAGUACCUGGAAUUAACGAAACGAGAGGUUGAAUAUGUUGCCCUGUCCAGAGACACUACUGAGACUGAUCUCAAACAGCGCAGAGAGAUCCGCUCUGGAACUGCCUUUUACAUAGACCAGUGUGCUGUCCGAGCUGCUACUGAGGGUCGGAUUCUGGUGUUGGAGGGGCUGGAGAAGGCAGAGAGGAAUGUGUUGCCAGUUCUCAAUAACCUGCUAGAGAAUCGAGAGAUGCAGCUGGAAGAUGGACGCUUUCUCAUGUCAGCACAGCGCUACGACAAACUCCUGGAGGAGCACACUAAAGAAGAGCUGGACGCGUGGAAGAUUGUUCGUGUGAGUGAGGAUUUUCGAGUCAUUGCUCUCGGCCUGCCGGUACCCCGAUACAAAGGAAAUCCACUGGAUCCCCCGCUCCGCUCCCGCUUCCAGGCCAGAGACAUCUACUACCUUCCCUUCAAGGACCAGCUAGAGCAUCUGUACAGAACUGGACCAAAUGUGCCUCCUGAAAGGGUGUCCCAGCUCUUGUCUUUCGCCACUACUCUUUGUUCUCAAGAGUCUGCCAGCUUAAGCCUUCCUGAUUUCCCUGUGGACAAUCUCCCAUCUGCCCUCACAGUUCUGAACCUGUUCCCCAUGCUGUCAACACAGCAGCUGGUCCAGAGGCUUUACCCAUACGAGGCCAUGCUGGGAAAGGAAGGCCGCACCGCCGUAGAGGGGGUGCUCAGUAGGUUUGAGUUGACUGAUGGGAGCACAAAGCCUUCUCCGACUGCAGUGGUGAAAGUAGAGCCUGUGAGUGGAGAUCAUGCAGAACAGGCAGCCGUCACGCUCAACAUCGCCAACCAGAACAUCACCUUUCAGGUUCCUUCAGGGACGCGGCCAAUUCGCCCGCCCAACAGCAGUCCCGCGUUCAUCGGCACCCCCACCCACGACCGCCUGCUGGCUGAGAUGAUGCAGUCCCACCUCGUCAAAGACAUUUGUCUGAUCGGAGCCAAGGGAUGUGGCAAAUCCGUGAUUGCGAGAGAAUUUGCUGAAAUGCUGGGCUACAGCAUUGAACCAAUUAUGCUUUAUCAGGAUAUGACUGCGCGGGACCUCCUCCAGCAGAGGUACACCCUGCCUAAUGGAGACACAGCCUGGAGGGCAUCCCCGCUGGUCACUGCUGCUCAGGAAGGCAAGCUGGUGCUGCUGGACGGCAUCCAUCGAGUCAACCUGGGCACUCUGGCUGUGCUGUCCAGGUUGCUGCAUGACCGAGAGCUGGCUCUGUAUGACGGGACUCGACUACUGAGGUGGGACAGAUACCAGACUCUAAAAGAGGAACUGCAGCUUACUGACCAGGAGCUGCAAGACAGAUCCAUCUUCCCAAUCCACCCGUCAUUCCGGAUCAUCGCCCUAGCAGAGCCUCCUCAGGUCGGGAGCACCACACAGCAGUGGCUCGGCCCAGAGAUUCUCACCAUGUUUCUCUUUCACACCAUCAAACCACUGGCCAAGGCAGAGGAAACGGCCAUUCUCCAGGGCAUGAUCCCAAAUGUUCCCAAAGAAGCAGUGGAGCAGCUGCAACACCUGACUCACAGCCUGAGAAAAUCCAACGAUCCAACGGCCCUGUCUCUUGCUUCUUCAUUGUCUACCAGGCAGCUGCUGAGAAUCUGUCGCCGUCUUUCUCAGUAUCCACAAGAGAGUGUUGCUCACGCUGUGAACAAAGCCUGUCUGUCCAGGUUUCUGCCCAGCCUGGCUCGCUCGUCUCUUCAGAAGAGUCUUGUGAACUGCUCAAUAGAGGAUCAGCCUGACCCAGCAUCAGAGCAGGGCCACCUCUACACCUGCACAGUAAAAGAUGGACUUCUGACCAUAGGGAACAUCUCGGCUCCUGUGUACAGCCCUGAUGAGAAGAUGAAGGUCCCAGAUGUGCUCUUUUAUGAGAAUGUUCAGCACAUGAUGGUCAUGCAGGACAUGCUGAAGGACUUCCUGUUGGGGGAACACCUGCUUCUUGUGGGGAACCAGGGUGUUGGGAAAAACAAGAUUGUUGAUCGAUUCUUGCAUCUCAUGAACAGACCGAGAGAGUAUCUUCAGCUUCACAGAGACACCACAGUCCAGACUUUAACCCUACAGCCCUCUGUGAGAGAUGGAAUCAUUAUCUAUGAAGACUCUCCAUUGGUUAAAGCUGUGAAGAUGGGACAUAUCCUGGUAAUAGAUGAAGCUGAUAAAGCUCCCACAAAUGUCACCUGUAUCCUGAAGACUUUGGUGGAAAGUGGAGAAAUGAUCCUGGCAGAUGGAAGAAGGAUAGUGUUAGAUCCAUUGGAAGCAGCAGGAAGGCCUAAUGCCAUCCCCAUGCAUCCAGACUUCCGCAUGAUUGUUUUAGCAAACCGACCAGGCUUUCCGUUUUUGGGAAAUGACUUCUUUGGAGCUCUUGGGGACAUAUUUAGCUGCCAUGCAGUGGACAACCCCAAACCUCAGGCAGAGUUUGCCAUGCUGAAGCAGUACGGGCCUGACGUUCCUGAUGCUAUUCUUCAGAAACUGGUGGCUGCAUUCGGAGAGCUCCGGGCCAUGGCUGACCAAGGAACAAUCACCUACCCCUACUCUACAAGAGAAGUGGUCAACAUCGUAAAACACCUACAGAAAUUUCCGGAUGAGGGCUUGGCCAACGUGGUGAGGAAUGUGUUUGACUUUGACUCCUAUAACAAGGACAUGAGUGAGGUGCUGAUCACAGCUCUGCACAAGCACGGCAUCCCGAUCGGAGCCAAACCCACCAGCGUGCACCUGGCCAAGGAGUUACCAUUGCCAGACUGUAAGAUGGCGGGUUACUGGACCAUCAAUCAGGGUGGUAAUACACGACGAAAGCUGCUGUGUCCAACAGAUUCCCAUCGGAUAGAUAUUAAGGGCCCAGUGUUUCUGCGGGUUCAGAGUUAUCCAUCUGAAAGGCAUGCGUCUAGAUCUAUGAGCUUCACUGAGGAACAGGCCCACUGGCAAAUUCCCAUGAACGAGGUCAACAUCGUCUGCGACGUCACCACUGCUAAUGAUUCCAUUUACGUGGCCACAUGUAACCCUGUGUCGCUGUAUGCUAUGAAGGAGAAAGGAGACUCUGUCCAGUGCAUUGAGCUCUAUGACAUCUUCCCCCGAACCAUCAGUGGAGUGUGGCAGCCCUUUGUCUCUGUGGCGGCACUGGGCAAUCCGCUGCAGGACCAGGUGGUGCUCCAUGAAGAACAGGGUAACACAGUGCUCCAUCUGGACCUGGUUACUGGUGCUGUGAGAAGACUGGUCUUGUCUCAGGACAAGCAGGAGGAACCACCACGCAAGACUUCAAACUGGUGGAACAACAAAGAGAGUCAGCCAGCAUACAAAAUGUGCAAGGAGUUUGCCCACAAGAACUGGCUUCUCUUCUACAAAGAAAACGGGAAUCAGCUGGAUGUUGUUGAUGUGCUAGAAGGUCAAGUUCACACCAUCUCCCUCCCCAUCAAUCUCAAGGCUGUGUUCCUGGUGGCUGAAGACCGCUGGCUUCUUGUUGAGAGCAAGACUGACAGGAAGUUCCUGUUGACAAAACCCAUGCACAUGGGUGCAGAGGACACGGGAGUGUGCCAGCUGCAUGCCAUCAGUGAAGACGCUGUUAACACCGGCUUUGGCACCAGCUCAGGGAUGGAAACCACAGCUCCUCAGGAGGUAUCGAAUGAGCAGCUGCCCAAUGAGAACCUCAGCACUGCCCUGGGGCAGAAGAUCGUGUCUCCCAACCGCAUCCUCUGUGACACAAACACCUAUGCUAAUGUUAUUGUGGGCUUCCCAGAUCUCAUGUCCCCAAAUGAGGUGUACAGCUUUAAGAGAUCUUCGCCCAUAACAGAGGGUCGGGGGCCUGAUAUGUUUUUUGGGUCAAGUAAGCGAACAGGGCCCCCAAAGAGGAUUAACUGUGUCUGUUUGUUAGGCGCCAAUCAAGUGGUACGAGCACUGCCCCCUACACAAGUCCCACUGACUGAGAUCUACCCUAAAGAUGUCACACCACCCAUGACAGCUGCUUACCUGGAAGUGACAGACCUGAACUCUAAGAAGCUCAAAUACAUUCCAGUCCCCAGGAGCAGCUCAAUGUCUCCCUACACCGUGUGGAUCUCAAAGGUCUCAGACACAGAUGUAGUGAUGGCUCCUCUGGGCUCUGGUGGGGUGGUGACUGUCGACAUGGGAGGCUACGUUAGAGUAUGGGAAACAGGCAUUGACAACCUGCAGCGCUCUCUGCUGGAUUGGAGGAACAUGAUCGGAUCAGAUGAUGGCAGGCCAAUCCAGAUCACCAUUCAGAGAGACAGUGGCCUAGAUGUCAGCUCCCCCAAACAUGGCAAGAUUGACCCCAAAAAUGCCCCUCAUGUAGGGGGGAACCAGUGGGCUGGAGGCACAGGCGGCAGAGAUACCGCAGGUCUUGGAGGGAAGGGAGGCCCGUACCGUCUGGACGCCGGACACAAAGUUUACCAGAUCUCUCAGGCAGAGAAAGACGCUGUGCCCGAUGAGGUGAAGAGAGCAGCACGGGAGAUGGGGGAGAAGGCUUUUAAGCAGAGGCUCAAGGAAAUUGAGAUGAGUGAGUAUGAUGCCACCACUUACGACCGUUUCUCAGGAGCGGUCAGACGACAGGUCCAGUCACUCCGCAUCAUUCUGGACAGUCUGCAGGCUAAAGGGAAGGAGAGGCAGUGGCUGAGGAAUCAGGCUCUGGGCGAGCUGGAUGAUGCUAAGAUCAUUGACGGACUAACAGGAGAGAAGGCCAUUUAUAAACGCAGAGGAGAGCUGGAGCCAGAGUUGGGGUCUCCUCAGCAGAAGCCGAAGCGUUUACGUCUGCUAGCGGACGUCUCUGGCAGCAUGUAUCGUUUUAAUGGCGUCGACGGCCGUCUGGAGCGCUCCAUGGAGGCCGUGUGUAUGGUGAUGGAGGCUCUGGAGAGCUACGAGCACAAGUUUAAGUAUGAUAUUAUGGGGCACUCCGGAGAUGGUUUUGACAUAGAACUGGUCAGAUGUGACAAAGUGCCUAAGAACAACAAGGAGAGGCUGAAGGUUUUGAAGACCAUGCAUGCUCACUCGCAGUUCUGCAUGAGUGGAGACUACACUCUGGAGGGCACCGAACACGCCGUAAAGGAGCUGGCGCGAGAAGAAGCCGAUGAGCAUUUCGUCAUCGUGUUGAGCGACGCCAACCUGGAGCGCUAUGGGAUCAGCCCCGACCGGUUUGCGCGUGCCCUCACCAGUAACCCGCAGGUCAAUGCCUUCGCCAUCUUCAUCGGUUCCCUAGGAGACCAGGCGGACAGGCUCCAGAGGACUCUGCCGGCCGGACGAUCUUUUGUCGCUAUGGACACCAAGCAGAUCCCUCAAAUCCUUCAGCAGAUUUUCACAUCCACCAUGCUGUCCAGUGCCUAAGAGAACAGUAGUUGGGUGAAUCGCACCAAACCUGCCCCGUCACUGAUGACACGCAGUGAUCUCUGCGUCCAGGUGUAACAGGUCCAAUCUCAUGAAAACAUGUCAGGGUUACAGAAAUAAGAAAUAAGGCAUUAUACAAUUUUUUUAUUUAUACUAUGCACAUUUUCUCCCCAAAUUUUCAUUACCAUUAAUUCUAUUAGUGUAAUAAAAUUUUAAUAUGUUAGAAGAUGAUAUUAUGUUGUACUGACAUUCAUUACUGAAGUUCAUGUAUGAUGAUUAUCAAAAAUAAUAAAAAAAUAAUUGUAUUACAAUAUAUUCAAUUUAAUAAAAAAAUUCAAAAUUCCAAAUGAGAAAAAAAUUAAUUGCAAAAAACAGUAAACAUAAAUAAAUAAAUACAGUAAAACAUUAUGGAUGUUCAUGUAUGCUGAUUUAAAAAAAUAAUUGUAUUACAAUAUAUUUUUAAUACAGAAACAUUUUAAAUGAUAGGAAUGAUAAUCCCCAUUGACAAUAAAUGUAAUUACAUUUAUUACAACAUAUAUAAUUUAUUAUUAACAUAUAAAAUGUCACAUAAAAACAGUGAAAAUACAUACAUACGCCGAUCAGGCAUAACAUUAUGACCACCUUCAUAAUAUUGUGUUGGUCCCCCUUUUGCUACCAAAACAGCCCUGACCUGUCGAGGCAUGGACUCCACUAGACCCCUGAAGGUGUGCUGUGGUACUGGCACCAAGAUGUUCGCAGCAGAUCCUUUAAGUCCUGUAAGUUGUGAGGUGGGGCCUCCAUGGAUCGGACUUGUUUGCUCAGCACAUCCCAUUUUUUGCUUUGUGGCAGGGCCAUUAUCCUGCUAAAAGAGGCCACAGCCACCAGGGAAUACCGUUUCCAUGAAAGGGUGUACAUGGUCUGCCACAAUGCUUAGGUAGGUGGUACGUGUCAAAGUAACAUCCACAUGGAUGUCAGGACCCAAGGUUUCCCAGCAGAACAUUGCACAAAGCAAUACACUUGCCUUCUUCCCAUAGUGCAUCCUGGUGCCAUGUGUUCCCCAGGUAAGCCACGCACAGUGGUCAUCCAUGUGAUGUAAAAGAAAACGUGAUUCAUCAGACAAGGCCACCUUCUUCCAUUGCUCCGUGGUCCAGUUCUGAUGCUCACGUGCCCACUGUUGGCGCUUUCGGCGGUGGACAGGGGUCAGCAUGGGCACCCUGACUGGUCUGCAGCUAUGCAGCUCCAUACACAACAAACUGUGAUGCACUGUGUAUUCUGACACCUUUCUAUCAGAACCAGCAUUAGCUUCUUGAAUUUGAGCUACAGUAGCUCGUCUGUUGGAUCUGACCACACGGGCCAGCCUUCACUCCCCACGUGCGUCAAUGAGCCUUGGCCGCCCAUGACCCUGCCGCCGGUUCACCACUGUUCCUUCCUUGGACCACUUUUGAUAGAUACUGACCACUGCAGACCAGGAACACCCCACAAGAGCUGCAGUUUUGGAGAUGCUUUGACCCAGUCAUUCAAUUCAAUUCAAUUCACAUUUAUUUGUAUAGCGCUUUUCACAAUACAUAUCGUUUCAAAGCAGCUUUACAGAGAAUGCAUGUCAACAUUACAAUUUGGAGAAUGCAGUUAGCUAAUAAUGUAAUAAUUUAGGCAAUUAAUUUACAAUCACUGUUAGCAAUUUAAUUGAAGGUAGAAGCAAAGAGCUCCUGGAAAAAUGAAUUACAUAUUAACAAUAAUUAGGAUAUAUAGAAAUUUGCGAAUGUGCGUGUUGAUCCAGAUGUUGCAUCUUCUGAAGUCCUCGCAGGAGUUGGCGCUGUCUCUUCAAAAGUGUUGGUCAUCUGAGGUCUUCUUAAGAGGCUGGAUUCAAACUGAAACUGAUGUACUCUCUAGUCACCUCGGGACACCCGUCCCGAGGUAAAACGGAAAAGCAAAUGGAGAAUAAUUAGCAUAGCUGCUGUUCAUAAAAUUAAGCAAAGAUAGUCAUGUGCAAUUGAUCUGAUAUGAGAUUCAUUAUGUGAAUGCUUGGGUAAAGAGAUGCGUCUUUAAUCUAGAUUUAAACUGGGUGAGCGAGUCUGAGCCCCGAACAUUAUCAGGAAGGCUAUUCCAGAGUUUAGGAGCCAAAUGUGAAAACGCUCUCCCUAGUCAUCUAGCCAUCACAAUUUGGCCCUUGUCAAACUCGCUCAAAUCCUUACGCUUGCCCAUUUUUCCUGCUUCUAACACAUCAACUUUGAGGACAAAAUGUUCACUUGCUGCCUAAUAUAUCCCAGCCACUAACAGGUGCCGUGAUGAAGAGAUAAUCAGUGUUAUUCACUUCACCUGUCAGUGCUCAUAAUGUUAUGCCUGAUCUGUGUACAUACACACAUAAAGCAUAACUGACAUUCAUGCAUGCUGAUUUAAAAAAAAUAUAUUUUAGCAAUAUUUUAGCAAAACGGGAAGCACCUGUGAAUUAAAAAAAAAAAAAAAAAAAAACUCAAAAGUAAAUGUAAAUGUAUAAAUAAAGUGUUGGUGAGAAUUUGGGGGGAUAUGCUUAAGAAUAAAAAAAAUACUGUUAAUUAAAAAACCCUUUUUUAAUUAAAACAAUUUUUAUUUUAGUUAUUUCAUUUUUAGUUUUUUUGUUGUUGUUGUUUUGUUUAAAAAAAAACUAAACUAAAAAAAUGUAAGCAAAAUUUUAUGUUUUCAAAAUAAUUUUUUGUGACCUGGACGGUUUCUAUGUGGAUCCUCUGGUUUUGGUCUGUUAUUAACCCAAAAUGGGCCUUCUUUUUCUGAAAAAUGAGUGAGAGAUUUCAUCACAGUCUUUGUGUAUGGACUAUACUGCAUGCAAAUCCACAGUCAUAAUUCACAAUUGUGUGCUGCAUCAGGACUGAACUGUAUGAGUCUACAAUAUUUGCACAAAUGUACAUAAAGUGUUAUGGAAAAUUAGAUUGUAUUUUCAGUUUGGCAGUCUGUUGUUUUAACAUAUUCUAUGAGCUUUUAACAUAAUCACGCAUAUGCCUAAAUUGCUAUCCAUGCUAUGUUAAGACUGAGUUGAGUGCAUUGGUUUGAUUGUGCAUUUAACAGUGCUGGGCAAUAUAGCUAGCACUAAUAAUUGACAACGGGACAUUGAACUAUUUGAAUAAAAUGCACACCCGAGGUGAUAAUGUGGCCACGGUGUGAAGUGGUGUGCAUUAUUUUCUAAUAAUUUAAUGGACCGGAGUCAAUUAUUCCGCUUAUACUACGGUUACCACACCUCAAGACACUGUUCAGAUGUUGUAUUUAAGACAUUUGUCAGGUUUUUGUCUUUAAAACGCUCUUGUGUGUAGCGUUCUAACGCUCUUGCCUCCAUUACGAAUUCCAAAAGGCAUUUUAGAGCUAUUAUGCAGUUAUUAGAGAGAGAUUAAGCGUGUGUUAGUCUGUGUGUUUGGCAGCAGCGUCUCUACUAAUAGUGAAACAUGGAAAUAUUUUGCCAUUUUUAUCAUAUUGUUUACCAUAUUUAUUUGCUUGGUCAGUGUCGCUGUGGGUUUUGGUUCUUUUGCUGUUGUAGGCUGUAAGGAAAUAACUGAAAUCAUUUGGUGAGGUGAUAUGAAACUGUAAUGCGAUCAAGACCUGCUAGAACUGCUUUAGCCAUGCGUUUCCCUGAAAAUAAUUGCACACCUUAGAACAUUCAUCAACCAGUCAGAUUCGAGCAUUCAACAGCCCUGUAAUAUAUUGUAUAUUAAUGCCUUUUGAUUAUAUUCAAAAAAUCAAGUUAAACACAUUAAAAUAAUGCAAUUUUCAAAUGACAAAAUAUAAUAGUGUAAAAUUAUAUGGUUCAAAAAUUGUUAUGUAAAAUACAUCCAAAAUAUUAUUCACAACAUUAUGUAACACACCAUAAUGUUGUGUAAUUAUAUCACUAAAACUGCCCAGCUGUUGUGGUCAAGAGUGUAUUAAUAGAACAUGAGGCGUGUCUGAGUGUAACCUGUUUUGUUUCCAAGAGCCUUGUAUUGUGUAAGAAUUGGCACUCUUUCUUCAAGUUUGUUGGGAUUUUCCAAGUGUCCUCUAAACACAUCAUUGUAAAGUGCACACAUCCUGUAACUUAUGGUAGGGACUGAGACUGAAACGAAAGAAAGAGAGAGUCAGCCGCACACCACCGCCACCCCAUCACCCAAGAACUUCCUCGUAAAUCUCUUUCUGUCCUGAGAAACCAGAACCUCAAGUGCAAUUCCACACCACAUUCCUCAGCCAUCCCAUUACACACUCAUCACUCUUUAACCAAAUGAGUGCAAAUGAAAAUGUAUUCGGGACCUCUGACAGGCCUGACAAUCGGCUCCGCUGACACAGAGCUGUGAGAAACUUUAAAGGAAAAACAACAGCUCACAGAAAUAGCAGGUCCAGAGGUCAAAAGAACAGAUAAAGUUUGCAUUUUCAGCUCACAAAGAUGAGGAUAUAUUUACUGCAGAAAAGUAUAGCCUUCUGUGCAUCCUGUGUUUGUGAGUCAUCUUGAGGGACAUGUUUUUUUUCUGGACUUCCUGUCAUAUUUGACCUCUGCUCUGUACCAGGCCCGUGUUAGCAGUGCUGAGUGUGGAAUGUUGUCCACCUGACUGCACGCGCUUCACUGCUUGCGCAAACUUCUCUGAGACGCUUUCCAAGUGCUCCAUCUAUGUCAACAGUCUUUUUCCUUCCUGUCCCCUGGACCCACUGACGCCCGGCGCUGCCACCCUGCCUCUCACACGGAGCUGAGGAAUCCAGCCCCUGGCUCCAGUUACGCCACACUCCUGAGAUGUUGCCGAGGAGAAAGUGGGACUGUAAUUUAUAAAAUCUGGCCAGCAUGAUGAGUUGAUCUUUGGAAAGCCAGCAGUCCUACAGAAUGUUUCUACUGAAAACACUGAAUCUCUGUUCCAAAACCUACUGAGCUGCCUACUUAAAGGGUUAGUUCACCCAAAAAUGAAAAUUCUGUCAAUAAUUACUCACCCUCAUGUUGUUCCAAACCCGUAAGACCUUUGUUCAUCUUCGGAACACAAAUGAAGAUCUUUGUGAUGAAAUCUGAGACAUUUCUAGACGCCUACGCAACUGACACUUUAAUGCUUCAAAAAGUUCAUAAAGACAUCGUAAAAACGAAUCCAUAUAAAUUGAGUGGUUUAGUCCAGAUUUUUUGAGGAGCCUCGAUCACUUUAUAUGAUGAACAGAGUUAAUUUAGGCUUUUAUUCACAUAUAGCAAGAUUGUCCUACAGAAUGUUCCUACUGAAAACACUGAUGCUCUGUUCCAAAACCUACUGAGCUGCCUACUUAAAGGGAUAAUUCGCCCAAAAAUUAAGAUCUGCUGUUAAUUUACUUACCCUCAGGCCAUCCAAUAUGUAGGUGUCUUUUUUCUUCAGUAGAACAGUAAAGAAGAUUUUUAGCUGAAACCGUGGUCCUUGGUGAUUCAUGUAAUGCAAGUCAAUGGCUACCGUUACUUUGAGAGCCAAAAAACACAGGCAAAACAAAAUUAAUAUCCAUCUCCUCAUGAUACAUUGAGGUGUUAUGAAGCUAAACGAUUGGUCUGUGCAAGAAUCUGAACAUUAUUUACAACUUGUAAUCCACAGCCUCAGCAAACGGUCUUGAGCACAUUCACGACAGUUUGAAGCAUGAGCUUCCUGUCCCAUAAUGACGUAUGCGCAGGAGUUCAAACAUUGGGAAUCUUUCCAACUGAGAUCAUGCAUAUAUAGGUUGCAGCAUCCAGGAUAAGUACGAUUUUGAUGAACAAUACAACACACGCGUCCUCCUCUGUUGUAAACAAACACAGCGUCACUCCAGACUGCCAUGAACGUGCUUGCCGUUUGCUGAGGCUGUGGAUUACAGGUAAUAAUGUUGUAAAUAAUGUUCAGUUUCUUGCACAGACCGAUCAUUUCACUUCAUAAGGCCUCAAUGUGUCAUCAGAAGUCAUGGGUAUUAAUUUUGUUUUGCCUGGACAUGUUUUUUUGACUCUCAAAGUGAUGGCACCCAUUGACUUGCAUUAUACGAAUCACCAAGGACCAUAGUUUUAGCUAAAAAUCUUCUCUACAUUUCUAAUGAAGAAAAAAAAGACACAUGCAUCUUGGAUGACCUGAGGGUGAGUAAAUUAACAGCAAAUUUUCAUUUUUGGGUGAACAACCCCUAAAGGCCGUGUGUCCACCAAAGUGUUACAGUUGACUGAAAACGCCUAGCUGAGGGUGUUUGAGAACACAGCUCACUAGGUUUUGGAUCAGAGCCCGAGCGGAUCCACUGUGCCUUGAAGGGCAGAACACAUGCGUGUUCACACACAUAGGUACAUCACUUGAAAGUGCGUGCUGCCAUCACUUACUUUAGACUUCAGCGUAACUGAAUAAAUGAAUCAUCGCACUUCAUUCACGCACACAGGCCUCAUUUACUAAUCAUAAAGAUGAAUUGUAUUGUGAAACUGUCAACAUGUCUUGUAAAAACAAUGUAAUGACCGACAAUUAUAGCCAUUGAAGGUCAUAAAUUAAGUCUUUGACUUGUUAAUUGCUGCUGAACAUGUAUAUUAUUGUCUUCCUGGUAUCUUUUGAUUUUGAUGUGGUGUAAGGAAUACAUGUUAACAGAUCAAAUAAACAUUGAAGAUCUAUA